CCGCAGAGAGCAGCCAAUGGUCGCGUAGCGGGGAGUCCCGGCAGGCUUUGCGGCGUGGAAAACGGGCUUUCCGGCCGCGCCAUGUCGGUGGUCUUCGUCCCCGAGCGCCUGCGCGGCAAAGCCGAGGUGAACCAGGAGACGCUGCGACGGCUGCUGGAUGAAAAUGAUCAGCUGAUCCGCUGCAUUGUGGAGUAUCAGAAUAAAGGAAGAGCCACAGAAUGCCUGCAGCACCAGCACACAUUGCACAGAAACCUUAUUUAUUUGGCUACUAUUGCUGAUUCAUCUCCUUCCCCAAACGCAGAGAAGACGGUCAUAGAAUGACACCGUUCCCGUCACGUCUGUUUACAGAGGAUGAAUCAGCAGAGGAAGAGACGGCCAGCAGCGCCUGAAGAAUCUGGCCGAAAACGGCAGAACGGAGCUGCCCGUAAAAGAGGCUUUGCCUUUGCAUGAUCAGUAAAUACUGAUUGAUUACCACCCUCCUUACGCAAAAGAAAAUGCUAUUGAAGACAGUUACAGUAACAUUUCACUACCAGAAGUGGGGAGGGGGGGGGUGUCACAGUUUUUACAGGCAAAGUUUUUUUUUUUUUCAUAUUUGUCUUAUGCUAAGAAUGCUAAGCUUUGAUUGUAGACUAUAAUUUAUUUUAAACUCUGGAAUUAUCCUAAGUCCCUAUGUAUUUGGCAAUCUAAAAGUGUAAAUCAGCUUUCAAGUGAAACUUCGAUUGAUGCAAACAACAAGGUAAUGUGGCUUUUUGGUUCUUCUUUUUAGAUACAUUAGCAAUCUUUGAAAUGUUCCCUGCUAAUAAAACUAAGUAAUUUUUCAUUA